AUGGCUGCAUCCGCGGACAUGUUCAGUUCUGACACGGCCUCAUGGGCGGACAAGAACCGAUUUCCCGUGGGUGCGCGUGACGCGGAUACUUCAAGUUCAGACUUCUCUGAUGAUUUGUUUGCGGACUUCAGCGACUGGUCGGACUCAGAAUACCUGCAGGACUCUGUGGCUCGAAAGCGUCGGCAUGGCGUCUAUUUUCAUCGGCCUCCAGUCUGGGUCUCUAGUUCCUCGCAGACGGAGUACCAGGCCACGGCCUUUGCAGGCUGUAAGACGUGCCAUAAAUCUGCGGAAGAGUGUAAUUGCGAUAGCGAUAGUCUCCGCGAGACUCUAGAGGCCCUGUAUAAGGAACGGGGGUCCAACCCUUGGUCAAUGAACCAUGAUCACGGGGUCUUCGGUAAAGUGACAGCUGCCACGGCGGAUACCCUUGCUAGUAUCGAUGCUAGUGUGUCUGGAUCAGCGGGUGUUCCUCUAGUAGACUGGGAAGGUCACAAGCCGAAGUGGCGCAACUCAACUUCAAUCACGGCGAGCAGUUGGCUGGACCGCCCUUUAUCUUCAGACGAACCUUUGCUGAACACUCGCCCAUCAGAGUGUUCCUAUCGCCAAGUAAAACCAGGUCUUUGCACACGCUUAAAAUGUCAAAAGGACAUACGGCUUGAUGCUGGGGAGAGAUGGGCUCUGCAAGAGGGGUCACUGGUCAUUUGCAUCGAUCCCUCAUAUACUUUGCUUGACCACGAACGACAGUCUGACGAAUUCGAGAUCGUGGACGGUGAUGUCUACGUUAUUUGUCGCAUAUACGCAGACCUGUGGGCUCUCUGUGUCAAGGUUUCAUUCAUACCCCCGUGUGAACCUUCUUGCGAAACAAUGAACGACUCUGUCCGUCUGGGUUUCCUCCCUCUCUGUGCAGUGACAUUGGCGGCAAACUUCAGUGCUUUCUCAAGGAGAUGUUCCUGGAAUGCUCGUUGUAACUCAGACGAGAUGAAGUAUCCUGGAAAUGGGUUGCCCGUCAUGCCUCCGUCUCGUUCUCACAGUCUCACUGCUAGCAAGCAAAUUUUCAAAGGGAAAAGGCAUUGCUUCAUGUUACCUGGUAUAGCCUAUGAUACCUUUCACCACACUUCCCUAAGCAAUGAUUCGGAUUUCAUACCCCUUGACUCUACCCUUGAGCAAGUCCUUUCCAGAGUAGGGAGCCAAAGACGUCGACCGAUCCGCUCAAGAGGUCGCUUUUCCCUACACAAGAUUUGGAACGAUGUCAAAGCGUCAGGUAUCUGGAAGCAAUAUCAAAUCAGAGGAUUGCUGCCGUAUCUGCCUCAGAGCCGGAGUUCGGGUGUCGCAGGGGUGGUUCAAAACUAUCUAGGUAAAAAGUGA